AAGCUUCUCCACUUCUGUCUGUCCUUUUGUUUGCUUUGUUGUUUUUGUUGUUUGGUUUCUCAAGAUAGGGUUUCUCUGUGGAACAGCUCUGGCUGUCCUGGAACUAACUUUGUAGAUCCAGGCAUGCUUUGAACUCACGAAGAUCUGCCUGUCUGCACAGCACACCUGUUUAUUCCCCUCUGUUCUUGACUGUGGGUAGGACGUGACAUAUCAGGUUCCCGCCACCUUGGCGGCCCUAUAGUGACUGAAACCUGGAACUGUGAGCUAAAACAAACUUUUGCUUCUCGUCAGUAUAUUUUAUCACAGCAACAGGAAGGACACCGAUACAUAAGGUCUCCCAAAGCUGUCCAGGCUGGCCUAGAGUUUGUGUGACUCUCCAGCCCCGCUUUUAGAGUAGCUGGGCUGAUGGGCCUGCACCACCUUGCCUGGCUUGGGAAUCUCAGGAUGCAUUAAAAUGUGGCUUUCCUGGAAACCCUGUGGCAGGACAGGCAUCACAAGCUAGGGUCUGAAAGGACUAGACAGCAACCCCUGGUCAUGUUGAGUUUGGUUCUUGGUCUGAGACCUGGUGUUUGUUUGUUUGUUUGUUUUAUGAAACCCCCACUUUCCUCUUUACUGAUACAUUGGCCUUUCCCACAGCCCCCACGGAGGGAAUCUGUGCUCAUUGGCCACAGGUUACAGGUCCUGGUAAUUAACUGAGAGCCUCAUUCCCUUCACUUCUAAUUCCCACAGGUGAUACUUAAAUACCUGUGUUUUGGACACGGUGUUCAUAAUGGAGUUUCCUGACUUGGGGAAGCACUGCUCAGAACCGACUUGCAAGCAACUAGAUUUUCUGCCAAUAACGUGUGACGCGUGUAAAAAGGAUUUCUGUAAAGACCAUUUUUCAUAUAUGGGUCACAGGUGUCCCUUUGCAUUCACAAAGGAUGUGCAGGUGCCCGUGUGUCCACUCUGUAAUGUCCCCAUCCCUGUGAAAAAAGGUGAGAUAGCAGACGUGGUGGUCGGUGAGCACAUGGACAGAGAUUGCGCCUCUCACCCUGGGAGGAACAAGAACAAGGUUUUCACGUACCGCUGCUCCAAAGAGGGAUGCAGGAAGAAGGAGAUGCUGCAGCUGCCCUGUGCUCAGUGCCGUGGCAACUUCUGUAUUCAGCACAGGCAUCCUCUGGACCACAGCUGCCAAGCCGGAAGUGGCUCAGCCAGCAGAGGCAGGGCGUCAGCAUCCAGAGCUCCUGACCAGAAGCCACGGGGCAUCGGUUGGCUGGCCCAGCAGCUCAGGAGGACAGUGAAAUGAUGGCCAGGCUGUUGUCUGUGCCACACACCAGCUCCUUUCUGUUGGGUUCUAUCUUUGUGACGUGGCCUCCAAGCCUUCCUGCUUCUCCGGAGUCUUUAUAGAAGCAUCUCCCUCAAGUUAGGGCCGGGAGAUGGCUCGGUGGUAAGCGCUUGCGUCACAAGCCUGAGGACCCGCGCUCCUCCCCAGAACCUGCGCUCUAAAAGAGCCGCAUGUGGUUGGUACAGUGUCAGUGCCCGGAAGAUGGAGACGGGAGGAUCCCAGGUUGGCUCUCUGACCAACAAACCAGUGGCUGGCCUAGACUAAAGAGAGAGUUCCAGGCCAGAGAGACACAGGCUCAAAAACCAAGUUGGACAGUUCCUGAGGAGGGACAUCAGAAAUUCACCUCUGGCUUCACACUCACAUGCAACCACAUGCACACACAUGCGACGUACAGAUUGUUUGGUAAAAUAAAAGACUGUUCAGCAACUUUGAGGUGGAUUAUGUUACCACAGCAAAAGCUGCUGCGUUCAGGAGCCGCGGACCUGUGGAAACCUCAUGAGUGGUGGCCUGUGCUAAACCACUCCAGGACCUGUGUUCUGGAAAACUGUGCAGGAAAAGAGCUUCCAACGGCUCUGCAUCCUCCCCUACAUGGCUUUCAAUGAGGUGCCUUUGGGACACAGUGGCUCAUGGUCCCCGAGAGCCUGACCUUUCCUGCCGCCCUUUCCUCACCUCGGCCUGGGGCUGCUGUGGCGGGAGGGGAGAGGGUGUGUUCAUGUGGCCUGCGGAGCUAACUCCACAGCUGACCCAAGCAACCAGCUUAACCGUGCCGUGGAGCCUCAUGCCUGGCCUCAGGCUUUUUGCUGUUGUUUUUGAGAUAGUGUCUCACUGUGGAACUCACUCUGUAGACUGGCCUUGACCUCACAGAGACCCACCUACCUCUGCCUUCCAAGUGUGGGUACAGUUUUGACUCCCAAGAAGUAGGAGCCAUUGUAGAACCACUUGGCGUUGCAGUUAGUGUCUAAGCAUCAUGGCAGCAGGCAUCCUUGGCCACUUCUCUGCAGAGCAAAAAUCCAGACAGAACAGUGGGGGUGGGCUUCGGCAGCCAUGGUGGCUCCUGUGCCACCUGCCUGACCUGACUGCUCAUACCACCAGCUGCUGUGACUGGGGGGGGAGGGGCUCCACAGAGCGUGGGUAUCGGGGAUGACAAGGGUCCAGCCACCCAAGCCGAUUUUGACCUUCGCCCUGAGUUCUGGCACUCUUUGGGACAGUUAACCCUGAGUUGUAUCAGCCACACUCUGCAAGUCUUCUGGCCAGCCCGUAGCUGUCAUGGGAGGCAGGGGUGGGGCCUCCUGCCUCUGCAGCUAAAGAUUUGACUCUCCUAAGCCUGUCCAGGUCCACAUCAGAACAGCUCUCGACUCAGUGCACUGCCUCCUGCCCUGGUUUCUGACUAGAUCUGGCAGGGGUGGGGGGACUCGGGGUUUGCUUUUAGAAUUCAGUGUGGGCAGCGGUGCUGUGUGAGGACACUGAGGGGUUUUUGUUUGUUUUACCCUCCUCUUCCAGGGUGACGGACUCUUGAGACAUGGUCAGCAUGGCAGAGCUUUAACGCUGCUGACGUUUAAGAACAGCCGGGUUCGGUAAUUGAGCAGUGUUUAAAUACGUUAGUGACUUGGGUAUGGGAGGUUAUGUCCUAACCGCUUAAGGGAAUGUUUCAGCCGAGAUGGCCCCAGAUUGAAAUUGAAAGCACAUUAGGUGGGCGGGGCAGUGGCCCAGUAAUGAGGAGCUUGUGCUGCUCUUGCAGAGGAUCAGGGUUUGCUUCCCAGCACCUGUGGGAUGGCUCACGACUGCACGGGAACUUCAGCCCCAGCGUGUCCCGGGCCUUUGGGGACACAUGCACACACUCGUAAACGUAAGAAUCAGAAGUACACUGGGAAAGGUUAGGGCCUGGCUUAGCGGUGAACACUCGUGGGUCCACCAGUGAGGAGCUGAGGCCACAGUCAACAGGAAAGCACUUGCCCAGAACCCUCAGGCCUGGGGCAUGGCUUAGAGUCCCUGCCUAUCAUGCCUGGGCUUGCCCUACCACCAGACUGACAGCAAUAUCAAACGCAAGACCUUGUUUACCUGUUGGAAGAUUUUGUAUGUGAUGGUUAAUAAAGGAGACUAAUGUA